CGCUCCAUCAAGUCUACUGAUACCCCGCGCAUCUUCGCAAGACUCUUUCCCCACUUCGCUCAAGUUAUACCACCAUCUGCAACCGUUACAAGACAAGGACCGAACACAAAAUUCGUUCCCUCCGGACGUCAGCCGCCUACCGAGACUACAUCCAUAGCGUCAUGAGUCUCGUCCGCCAAAGCUACAUGAAGAGACCAUCGAUGCUGCACCCAGUGCUCCCGGAAAUUGCCGAAGAGCCGUUCCGGGGCUGGAGCUUUGACGGUGUCAGAUCGCAUACGCAGCCAGAGUACCAAUUCAGCAUCGACUCGCAGAAACGCAGCCAAGACCCACCAUCCCCUCCCCUUCGUAGAGGCAGCCUAGCACCGGUGAACAACCAUCGCUCUACUGCCAGUCUUGAUCUAGCGCGAAGCGUACGAGCUGCCAACUCUGGCCCUUCCUCCUGCAUCCGCCCACCUACCAAGAGCAGCUUCGCCGACUCAUCCUCAGACGAGGACGACAUCAGUACAGCUGUACGCAGACCACUGUCCCUGGCCCGCAGAUUGCUCAGGCCAAAGCGACGACAAGUGGCCCUCCACGGACCCACGGAGGUCCAUUGUGUAUCGCCUACUAUGAGAGACAGCGAAGAAGAGGACCAGGACGAGCGGGCAGAUGCUUUCCUCGGUGCAGCUCCAUCGAAGGCCGCUAAGCUGCUUGGUCUGGGCGCACCAGAGUCGUCAGUGACACCCAGUGAGACGCUCAAGCUCAGCAGGUCUUCCUCUGUCUCCUCUGCGCCUUCUGAAUCAUCCCGCGUGCAUGGCAGUCGCUAUCCAUCAUCAAUCCUGCAGAAGGCUUCCCCAUCACGGCUAGCAGGGACAUCCAGACUUGCGCUAAAUUUCCCAACGGCGGAAGUGGGCGUAGGUCUGGGUAUCGUUCUACCUUCCAUCCCGAGCGUACCCACACCCACACUGAGCUACAACCGCAAUCGUCGACCUAUGCUCGUCGGUGUAGCCGCUCCACACCCGAGCAAGAUUUCCGAUCCCGCCCUCGUAGCACUACAGAGGGCAGCAGCAGCGGCUACUAUGACUACAAGCGACUAUGGCCAUCCCAGCUCAUGGCAGCCACCCGCUCCCUCGCGCCGCCAUACCUCGCCAAACACUUCGAGCGAAGGCACACUACCAAGCCGGCCCACUAUCGGGAGGCGCAGCUGCUCCUCUGGCCCUCUCCCCGCCGUAGGUCCCGCGCCAAGCGCUCCUCUGCCCUGCCCGCCGUCAUCCUUAUCGAGGGACAGCAGCAGCAGUAGUAGCUGCAGCAGUGCGAGCAGCUAUAGCACUCUGAGCAGCAGCAGCUGCUGCUGCCCCGGAGAACCAUCAGUCGCGACCUCGACUUCGACUUCGGCUUCGGCGUCCCCUCCCUCGCGCCCCCUCUCACACAUCUCAACGAGCUCGAGCUCGCGCUCGAGCACAAGCACAGAUGAGGGGAGUAGAGAAAUCGCAGCCGUGCUGCGCUACCUUGAUGGAGACUUCGCCACUUCACCCACUUCACCCAAUUCGCCUACUUCGCUCACUUCAGCGAGUCCGACUCAGAGCUCGAGUCAGAUCCCAAGUCAGGUGCAGAGUAGAAGCUGUAAUGUCAGUGUGGGUCUGGAUGUAGAGUUAGGUGAAGAUCAACAGCAAAGGCAGAGGCAAAGGCCGCGGCAGAAGCAGAGGCAGAAGCAGAGAGUGGAGCUGGGCCAGAAGCAGGAGCAGAAGACGAGCAAGGACACCUUCCAUACCGCCACGGUACCGAAUUCCAACUUUUGGUAAGAGCAGGGAUUGGAGGCGAAGGAGGGAGGAAAUGAGAAGGGAGCAAGUGAGUCAGUAGGAGAGGGGACGUCACCUGAUAGAUGGACAGCUCGAUCGAUCGAUGACUUGUAGAACAGCACAUCAUAGACAAACAGUAACACGCACAAACGUUCCCAUUGAUGA